CGACGAAACCCGAAAAUUGCGCAAAACUUAAGAACAGUUAAUUUUGAAAAAUUUACUAUUGGUCUCUUUCUAUUGCUUUAAGAAAAACAAUGUUAGCUUCUAGAAACCUUAAGAGCAUUGCUCGUCCUCUUGUUCGUUUCCAAUCUUCCGGUGCUGCUCCAUCUGGUCCAGUCAUCGGUAUUGAUUUGGGUACCACCAACUCUGCCGUUGCCUUGAUGGAAGGUAAGGUUCCAAAGAUUAUUGAAAACUCCGAAGGUGGAAGAACUACUCCAUCUAUCGUUGCCUUCACCAAGGAUGGUGAACGUCUUGUUGGUAUUCCAGCCAAGCGUCAAGCCGUCGUCAACCCAGAAAACACCUUGUUUGCCACCAAGCGUCUUAUUGGUCGUAGAUUCGAAGAUGCUGAAGUUCAAAGAGAUUUGAACCAAGUUCCAUACAAGAUUGUUAAGCACAACAACGGUGACGCCUGGUUGGAAGCCCGUGGUGAAAAGUACUCCCCACAACAAAUUGGUGGUUUCGUCUUGAACAAGAUGAAGGAAACCGCUGAAUCCUUUUUGGGUAAGCCAGUCAGCUCUGCUGUUGUCACUUGUCCAGCUUAUUUCAACGAUGCUCAACGUCAAGCUACCAAGGAUGCUGGUAAGAUUGUCGGUUUGAACGUCUUGAGAGUUGUCAACGAACCAACCGCCGCCGCUUUGGCCUACGGUUUGGAAAAGAAUGAUGGUGAAGUUGUUGCCGUCUUUGACUUGGGUGGUGGUACUUUCGAUGUCUCUAUCUUGGACAUUGGUGCCGGUGUCUUUGAAGUCAAGUCCACCAACGGUGACACCCACUUGGGUGGUGAAGAUUUCGACAUUGCUAUCGUUAGAAACAUUGUUGAAAACUUCAAGAAGGAAUCUGGUAUUGACUUGCAAAAGGAUAGAAUGGCCAUCCAAAGAAUUAGAGAAGCCGCUGAAAAGGCCAAGAUUGAAUUGUCCUCCACUGUUGCCUCUGAAAUCAACUUGCCAUUUAUCACUGCUGACGCCUCCGGUCCAAAGCACAUCAACCAAAAGAUCACCAGAGCUCAAUUCGAAGCUCUUGUUGACCCUCUUGUCAAGAGAACUGUUGACCCAUGUAAGAAGGCUUUGAAGGAUGCUGGUUUGUCCACCAGUGACGUUUCCGAAGUUAUCUUGGUUGGUGGUAUGUCCCGUAUGCCAAAGGUUAUCGAAACCGUCAAGUCUAUCUUCGGUAAGGAACCAUCCAAGGCUGUCAACCCAGAUGAAGCCGUUGCCAUGGGUGCCGCCAUUCAAGGUGGUAUUCUUGCCGGUGACGUCACCGACGUUGUCUUGUUGGAUGUCACUCCAUUGUCCCUUGGUAUUGAAACCAUGGGUGGUGUCUUUGCUCGUUUGAUCUCUAGAAACACCACCAUUCCAGCCAAGAAGUCCCAAAUUUUCUCCACUGCUGCUGCCGGUCAAACUUCUGUUGAAAUCCGUGUCUUCCAAGGUGAAAGAGAAUUGACCAGAGACAACAAGUUGAUUGGUAACUUUACUCUUUCUGGUAUUCCACCAGCUCCAAAGGGUGUUCCACAAAUUGAAGUCACCUUUGACAUUGAUACCGAUGGUAUCAUCAAGGUUUCUGCCCGUGACAAGGCUUCUAACAAGGAUGCCUCUAUCACCGUUGCUGGUUCCUCUGGUUUGUCUGAUGCUGAAAUCGAAAAGAUGGUUAACGAUGCUGAAAAGUUUGCCGAAUCCGAUAAGGCCAGAAGAGAAGCCAUUGAAGUUGGUAACAGAGCCGACCAAUUAUGUAACGACACUGAAAACUCCUUGAACGAAUUCAAGGACAAGGUUGAAACCGCUGAUGCCGACAAGCUCAGAGAACAAAUCGCUGCUUUGAGAGAAAUCGCCGUCAAGGCCCAAUCCGGUGAAGAAAUUGAAGCCGGUGAGUUGAAGACCAAGACCGAAGAGUUGCAAAACGAAUCCUUGAAGGUUUUCGAGAAGUUGUACAAGAACUCUGAAAACAACAACUCUUCCUCUGAAGAACCAAAGAACUAAGUGAUUUGGUGAUCUUGUAUGUAACUUGUAUAUAAUAUAAAUGAUUUAAGUAU